AUGCCGCAACUACUCUCCUGGACGAGCAUGCGGCGACGGCUGAUCGUAUGCCGUCUGCUAGCCUGCACGAUUGCAGGGAUCCUGUUCGUGCUGUUUGUGCUUUCUCCCAAGGUAUCUUCGCAACCGACCCAGCAUCUGGCAGAUCCCCACCAUGGCAUUGCACACUCGAAAGACAACGAAGGCCGAAUAAACCACCUCCUCUCACCGCUCCCGGCCUCCGGAGGCAGCACUCUCCUCCGCGAGCUCGCCUUCCGCACCAGAAUCUUCCGCGAGCUGUUCACAGCCUGGGAAACUCUUCAUCUCAUCCCGAGCGAAGACGGGAGUCUCGGCCUACGGCACGUCAUGCGACAUCUCCGUUCGAUCGACCGAGAGAUCUACGACCGCUUCCGGGUCUUCAUCAACGCCUUCGCGCAGAAACUUUUCCCGUGGACGAUGCCGUAUUUCCCGGAUCAUAUGCUGUUUCAUGCGAGUUUCUACUCGGCUGGACGUGGGAUUGUAUUCACGGCGGGGACGGAUCAGGCGCGGUAUUUGCUCACGUCGAUCCCGGCGCUGAGGAGGCUUGGGUGUGAUUUGCCGAUCGAAGUCAUCUAUCUUGGGGAUGAUGAUUUGAGCGAGGAUGCGAGGGAUAGUCUGGAGGCUUUGGAAGGGGUUGUUACGGUGGAUAUUGAGGAGAUGGUUGAUGAUAAGGGAUGGAAGCUGAAAGGCUGGGCCGCGAAGCCGUUUGCGAUUCUGUAUUCGUCGUUCCGGGAGGUCAUUUUUAUGGACGCAGACGCUCUCUUUUUGACCAACCCGGAGAAUCUCUUCCACGACCGACAGUACCUCAAAACCGGCGCCCUGUUCUUCAAAGACCGCUCCGUGCUGCCAGAAUCCCGCAAACUCUGGCUGCGAAGCGUCCUCCCCAAACCCCUCUCCCAUCACAUCAAAACCAACCGGAUGUGGACGGGGGAGAGCGGGCACAUGCAGGACUCUGGCGUCAUUGUAGUGGAUAAGUGGAAGCACUUCGUCUCUUUGCUGCUGACCACGAGACUGAAUGGGCCGGAUCGGGAUGGGGAUGAGAAGGCCGGGAAGAAAGGGGUGUAUGAGAUGGUGUAUGGAGACAAGGAGACGUUCUGGCUGAGCUGGGAAUUGGCCGGGGAUUUGAAGUAUGCGUUUUUCGAGGGCGGGCAGGGGAACAUGGGUGUUUUGAGGAAACCCGAGGACCGUGAUGAAAUUUUUGAUCUUGACGAUGAUGAGGAAAAGGACUUCGAGGACGACGAAGACGUGGACGACUUUACCGAUGUCGUCCCCAAGACCGCCUCACCCACCCACCGCAAACCCCUCCCGUCGGCGAAGCCCAGAAUCUGCUCUCCCCAACUCCUACACUUCGACCGCGCUGGCAAACCAAUAUGGUUCAACGGCUGGCUGGCAACGAGCAAAUCCGACAAGGCGGACUACCAGCGUUUCGAAGUUUACAUGCGCGAUCCUCCGCGGGUGAAAGGCGAGAAGAAUCCGUGGGACUUGAAAGGCGGGAAUGUCGUGUGUUUAACCGGGGAGGAGGCUCUGGAGUUCACGGCGGAUGAAAAAGUGCUCUUGGGGAAAAUGUUGGAGUCGGCGAGGAGCAAUUCUAGGCGAUGA